AUGACACCGAAGCAAACAUAUGAUUCACUGUCUGGUAUAAGUGAUUACCAGAAAGGACAAAUCACUAUAACUUCGUUAUUACUUAGCCCUGGGCCAAAGGAAGAUAUAAAAAUUCAUAAUGAAAAAGUCAGCUCACGACGGAAACAAGAUCUGAUAUCAAAACCGGUAACAGGAUCGUUUGGAACUACUUUCAAAUUACUCAAGGCUUGCAGCUUUUGUCGAAGAAGAAAGAUAAAAUGCGUCGUCCAUCCUAAUAGCAACAUUUGUGAAAAUUGUAAAACUCACAACGAAGAUUGCAUAUUUGAUCAUAAAGUGGUUAACAAUAACUUGGAAUCCAAAAGAAAAGUACGAACAAAGACGAAAUCAUCUAAAGAAGUCAACUCAAGUAUCCAAAAUCCAUUUCCAAUCACAUUAACUGGCUCUACUCCAAAUUCAAUUGAUAUUAGUCCAAGUUCUACAUUACUGAGUUAUAAUACAUCAGACCAUAUUGAGAUAUUAUAUCAGACUAACGUGGAAGAAUUCACACCAUUCCUUAAUUCAAAUGUGUUCAAAGUGUAUCUCGAUAAAUUCUGUGAAAAUUGUAUUCAAUUAGCGGUCUCACAAAACGACCCAACUUUAUUUGAUAGCCAUUUAGAUAUUAUUAAUACAAUCAUACGAUCAGACUCAUUUGAAUGGAAUGAAACCAAUUUAGCUUGUUUCUUCUUGGUUGCAAUCAGAGAACCUAUUAGCUAUUCAAUAAUCGAGGAGAGUCUAGUUGCCUUUAAUAGCCUUGUUGAAGAGAAGUUCGAGAACCUAUCAGUAAACUUAAUACUUGGUGCUAUGGUUAUUGACGGGUUUUAUUCCAUGUUUAAUGGAUCAAAGUUAACUACAAACAGAAAAUUACUAUCUAAGGUGUCAUAUUACUUGAAUCUAUCAGAUUCCAACAUAUUCUCCCAUCACUUUUUAUUCGUUGGUUAUUUUAUUUACAAUAUGGUAUGGCUAGUUAAUGAUGAUACAAAAUUAUCGUAUGUGGAAAGAAAGCAACAGUUGUUACAACUUGAAUUUGAUAUACUACUUUGGCCUGCUAAAUUAACUCCAGAAUUAUCCAUCGUAAAGGAUAAACUAGGAGGAAAUUACUCUGCAUUCAAUUUACACAUUUUGCACAAUUGCUUAUUAUGUUGCUUUUAUACAUAUGCAUUAAAGAGCAAAGAUACAAUCUCAAAAAUGAUACAUAUUUCACCAGUACCUGGAUUGUAUCAUUUCAUCUCAGGAUUAGCUCAGAGCAAUUUCAGAGUAAUAAAAGAAAUUAAUUCUCCCUGGACUUUAUUGUCUAACUGCAUUGUAAAAACAGCGAAAAGCUUGGUUGAUUUAUAUGAAAUCAUGGAUUUUGAUCCCUUCAAGAACUCAUUGUAUCUUUUUACAAAGCUUCCUAAUGUCUAUGACAAUUCUUGGCAAGAUGAAGUUCAAAAGGGUGUUGAAAAUAUAUUAAUGGGUCAAUCUUACAAGCUUGAUGAUGAUAUCGAUGGCGCGGUAGUAUUUUGGGUAUUUCGCGAUAUCAGAAGUUUGGCAUUACAAUCACAAAUCGAUGAAAAGAUGCAAUAA